AUGGGGGAAGAUGUGGAAAACCCUAAUUCGAUCAACACACUAGUUGAUGAUUUACUUGAAGAAAUAUUCGUUCGACUGCCCUUGAAAUCCAUCCUCAUAUCCAAAACAGUCUCAAAACGAUGGAGAUCAAUCCUGGAAUCCAAAAAGUUCGUGGAUCUACGUAUGAGUCUUCAAAAGAGCCGGAAAAUCAUAGCUGUUCACAACUGCGACUGCCGCGAAAAGCCAAGGCUCCUCCACGGGUCGCAGCUCAAAGGAGACGAAGAGAUAGUCUAUAUUCACUGCGACGCAACACGACCCUUGAUGACUUGCGACGGUUUGGUCUGCAUCCCCGAACAAUACGGGAUCAACGUUUUGAACCCAUGGACAAGGCAACUCGGGCGGUUCAGUUACGGAACCGCACAAUGGUCGUCUUCUUUCUCUCUAGGGUUUGGUAGAGACAAAGUUACGGGGAGCUAUAAAGUUGUGAAGAUGGAGGAAAUUAGGGUACGUCAUCGUGAUCCUGUGGUGGAGUGUAGUGUUCUUGAUGUUGAAACUGGUGUCUGGUGGAUGUUGUCUCCAUCUCCUUACAAGAUCGCUGCGGGAAGUAGAUCGGUGUGUGUGAAUGGAUCCAUCUACUGGCUAAACAACGUUGGUGAUGGUUACAAGAUACUACCUUUAGAUCUUCACAAAGAAGAGUUUCAUAACGUCACGAUGGUUCCUGUUGAGCAUACCACUCAAGAAACACAAAUAUCGAACCUAGAGAACCACCUCGCUAUAACCAUUACCUAUACAAACCCACAAUGGAAGCUAGAGAUAUGGAGGAUGGAUAAAGAAGAAGAAAGAAGAUGGAGCAAGAGUUACUCCAUAAGUUUAGCCGGAAAAGGUGUUCCCUGGGACAUUCUGAGACGGUUGUUCACGCCGGUUGCGGUUUCUAAGCAAGGGAAUCUUGUCUUCCACGACAACCACAAGAGGCUUUUCAAGUAUUAUCCGGAGACUGAUAAGAUUCGGUUUCUCUCUUCAGACACUUGUGUUAUCUCUCCUUUCUUGGAGAAUCUGGCUCCACUUGCCCUAACGUCAGACAUUGCUUUCCCUCGGCCACGCAUGACAUCAGAAUCAAGAUCAAGAUGCCGCUUGUUCUUCAAACCGAAUCAAAAUGGGCGUAUUUAA